GCCUGUCCUACAGUCUCCCGCUCAGACCGGACUUGGCGCUUGGGUCUCGGUCUUCGGCGUCCUGCUGCGGGGUGAGACGGUCGUCUGACUCGGAGCAGUCGCGGCAGGCGGUAGGAGAGACUGCCCUACGGGGAGGCCGCGGGGGCUGCUGAAGCUCCAGCAUGGCGGCGGCCGUACGCGCUGUGCGCUACCUGUCUGCGCAGUGCGGAGGCUCGGCCGCCAUUCUAGUGAUUUGAAAUGAUAUUAAUCUGUAGCUGUAAUUUCCAUUUACCUGGUCAUUUCUGGUCCAGGCAGCUUUCCCUAAGUGCCUUUCCAACAGCUUCUGUUUUGGCAUCAAAGACUACGACUCUCAGCAGUGGCACUUUGUCACCACGGGGCGCCAGGGAUGACCGUCAUUUCACCAGCUUGCGCUUCGCGCUGCAGACACAGUGCUGUAUUUCUUCUCCCAGCAGACUGAUAGGCCAGCAGUGUAGACCCUACAGUUUCUUCACUAAAUUGACGGCAGAUGAGCUGUGGAGAGGCGCUUUAGCAGAGACCGGUGCUGGAGCAAGAAAAGGAAGAGGCAAAAGAUCUAAGAAAAAGAGAAGAAAAGAUUUGAAUAGGGGUCAGAGUAUUGGCGAAGGGCAUUCUGGUUUCCUGUGGCCUGGCCUGAAUGCCCCUCUCAUGAAAAAUGGGGCCAUGCAAACCAUUGCCCAGAGGAGCAAGGAGGAGCAGAAGAAGGUGGAGGCUGACAUGCUCCAGCAGCGAGAAGAGUGGGACCGGAAGAGGAAGAUUAAAGUGAAGCGGGAACGCGGGUGGAGCGGCAACACGUGGGGUGGCGUCAGCCUUGGGCCCCCUGACCCCGGGCCCAAUGGAGAAACGUAUGAGGAUUUCGAUACCAGAAUACUAGAGGUGAGAAAUGUUUUCAAUAUGACAGCAAAAGAGGGAAGGAAGAAAUCAAUCCGUGUCCUGGUCGCUGUGGGGAAUGGGAAAGGAGCUGCAGGUUUUGCCAUUGGGAAAGCCACUGAACGGGUAGACGCUUUCAGGAAAGCAAAGAACAGAGCAAUUCACUACUUGCAUUACAUAGAACGAUACGAAGACCAUACAAUAUUCCAUGACAUUUCAUUAAGAUUUAAAAGGACACAUAUCAGGAUGAAGAGACAACCCAGAGGUUACGGCCUCCACUGUCACCGGGCCAUCAUCACCAUCUGCCGGCUCAUUGGCAUCAAGGACAUGUACGCCAAGGUCUCCGGGUCCAUCAACAUGGUCAACCUCACCCGUGGCCUCUUCCAGGGCCUCUCCCGCCAGGAAACCCAUCAACGCUUGGCUGAUAAGAAGGGGCUCCACGUGGUAGAAUUCCGGGAGGAAUGUGGUCCUCUGCCCAUCGUGGUUGCCUCCCCCCAGGGGGCCUUGAGGAAGGAGCCGGAGCCAGAAGAUGAGGUUUCAGACGUCAAACUGGACUGGGAGGAGGUGAAGGCCAUGCAGGGCAUGACGCGCUCGGUGUGGUUAGGUCUGAAGCGAGCCGCCACCUGACCUUCCUCAGGCCCCGUGCCAUCACACCCCUCACGCCCUGGGGUGCUGCCUUCUUUCUUGCAGGAAAGUCAAACCUUUAUGUCUUUAUUUGCAAAUAAAUAAUCUUUGCUUUAAUUUAUUAA